AUGGCUUACCGCUACCACGCCUUCAUCAACACCCAAUCUAACCAUGGUUUUGACGCGAUUUCCGAGAAGUUCGCCAAAUGCACACGAAAGAACCGCUCGCGAUGGAUCGAGGAACGCAUUUUGUGUCGCGUGGCAGCUCGCAUUGUCGACGAGGUGCUCUUCGAGGAACUCAAGCGUCACUGGGGCGAUGCCGGCGACGAUGACGGCGCCUUUGGUGGACUGAUGAGCUCCAUUACCGCGUCCAACAUCCCCGACUGCUCCGCGUACAAGAUGGCCAAGUACGCUCGCUCUAACCCGACUGAGGAGUCAUGCCUUCCCUACACCAAGAACCCCGACGCGAGAGCCGAGCAGAAACGCAAAUUCCAAACCGGCCAGGUCAAGAUCUUUGGCGCUACAGUGUCUCCUAGCUCAGCCAUCUGGGAGCUCAUGAAGGCAUGCAUCGGCAAGCCUAAACUAGUCGCUGCCACCUCCACAGCCUCUCAGCGCGAGGUCAUUCAGCGUAUUCUAGGGCUGUCAAAUGUAGAUAAGUUCGAUAUGGUCCUCUUCUAUGAAGCCUCGCAAGCGACUGAGGCGUCUUAG